ACCAAGGAAAUGUGGGUCAAGAUGUGAGCGAUGAAUGGAUACGUAGCUGUGAGUAAAAACUACAGGAGUGGUAGUUGAUAAACGUUGCAGGUUUUUACUGCAUCUGACAUUGUAUCCAAAAAGGUCAAAACAAGAGAGACUGAUUUACAACAAACAUUCAUCCUAAAGCAGUUACCAAAGUUGCUUUUGUUGUGUAAGCAAAACCAAACUAGAAACGUCGUUUUCUACUUUGUGGCUCAACUGGGAAACGACGCUUAGAUGCAAAAACAUUAAAGUUAAAAUUUUCAGAGAAAAAACAAACAAGCGUUGCUACUUCCGCCUUGUUGUCAGCAAAACAAACACUCCCCUGCGUAGUAGAAUACAAGUCGUUUGUUUUCGACCCGGGCGUCUACCCAUUCUCCAGCCUGGACAGCGGUGCUUGAGUAAAAGACGAAACACACUGAAGAAGCAUCCUGUACAAAAAUAUUUAUAACGUAGUCUGAAACACGGUUGAACUGGAGAUAUUUUAAAUCGAUUCUGCGGAGUAUUCGUCCAGUUAAUUGACCUCCGGAACACGCUGGCUCCCAAAACAAACGGACAACCCACCGCACUGCUCUCUGCUGCUCGAGCGUGCUUAAAGGUCUCGUUCAUCACUCGCCGUGUGAGCCACCGUAGCUAGUCAGACUGCGAGCGAUGGAGGAAGAAGGCAGAUCUUGGUGGAUGAAAUACGGGCCUGUCGUGUCCCUGUUUGUGGUCAUUCUGGCCGUCUGGUUUCGGUCACCUGAUGACGCAGGACUGGACGACCGGCUGGACAACGUCCUGUCCUCUCUGCUCCGUGCUGAGGGGAAAGUCGGCAUGAAUAACGUCGCCAAGCCCAAAGUGGCUGUCGGCUUUGGCGGUUGUGUUGACCUGAUAGUGGACGGGGUCACAUUGCUUAAUAAGAUUGGCCUCCCUCCUACAGACCAGCCCCUACACCACGACUACAUUGAAAAUGAGCUGCAGCUGGCUCAGAGCUUUGCCUACUUCUUUGCACCGGGAGCUGCUGCAGAGCGUUUUAUCCUGAAUGGUACCCUAUUCAGUGAGCUGGUGGAAGUGUCCCGGGACCUCCCUGGAAACAGAUGGGCGGUAGGCGGCAAUGCCCCAGUAAUGGCUAGUCGCAUGGCAACCGAGGGAUGUGAUAUUUUGCUCGGGGGAAGUUUCAGCCCCGAUUUUACCGAUGUCCUGUCCCAGCACAUUACAGUGGCAGGUAACAUAGUCGACGAGCCAGACAUUCAUCUGAUCCUGGAGUAUCCAUCUGGUGCUAGCUGGGGUCACUAUACCUCACGUAGAGCCAACAGAUAUAUCAUCCACAGCGACGACCAUAACCCCUACCUGGACUCCAUGGCAGAGUUUGCUGAGAAACUCAAAGACUUCGAGCCAGAUCUGCUGGUGGUGGGUGGGCUGCAAAUGAUGGAUAACUUCCCCUUCCAGGCAGGUGAGCGGGACGCUCUCUUCUCCCGCCUGUCGGACCUCCUGUCCUCCUCGUCUCCAACGAUUGGAGUCCAUUUUGAGAUGGCCAGUUUUGUAGAAGAGAGUAUAAUGGAAGACCUACUUCACUAUGUCAUUCCCCAUGCGGACUCUUUAGGGAUGAAUGAACAGGAGCUUCCCAACCUGCUCAGCCUGCUUAAAGGCUCCAACAUCACCGUGUUGUCGGACCCAAACCCUCGUGUAGCUACUGUUCUCGACCAGAUGAGGGAGGUCUAUCGCAUUGUGAACCAGCGCUCCAAGGAUGGCAGCACAGAAAGAGACACAAAUGGUGUUAAAGCUAAGCCGCUGACUCGGCUCCAUGUCCAUACGCUGGCCUUUCAGGCGAUGAUUGUGACACGCGGAUCCCAGUGGAAGAACACCAUGUCGGCCGUCGCCAAGGCCUCUCUCACAGCUAACCGCCAUGUCUGUGGCUCUAAGGACAUUGACCCCAGCAAGGCGAGGCUCAUCAUGGACGACUCCUUCUCCGUUAGCCAGCGGGAAGGCAGCCAGCGUAUCCCUCUGCAGGAGAGCAAGCCGGUCAGCUGCUGGGACGAGGGGGACUACGAGAUCUGUGUGGCACCGGUGCUGGUGUGCACUGAGGUUUACCAAACUGCAGGGGGAGGAGACAACAUCUCAGCUGCUGGCCUGGUGCUGCAGAUCUAGAGAAGUACACUAUAUGGUCCAUCUGUGUGUAGUGCUAACUACAUGUUAGCAACAAUGUGACUCUGGAAACGUGAUCUAGGUGUGACGCAAACACGGGUACAGAUUGUGAAAUGUAUCAGGCUAUUGCUCUGCCAGCUCUAUAUCCCAGGUGGACCAUAAGGAAAACGUAUCAUUCGAAGGAGUAGGAUGGUGGAGUGCAGUGGUUAUGAAUCAGGUAAAUCACUAGAUUUUUAAUAUAUGGGCUCAGCGCAAAGCACUUUUGCAUCCAGUUUAUUUAAUGUUUAGAACCAAAACUUCACCAAAAAAAAGACUGCCCUGCUUUAACACACCAAACAUCUUUGCCAAGUCAGCCGCCAUUAGACUCCUCCUCUACUUCUCUCGGGCCUUACAAGACUUGGCCUUCAGUCAGGAUUAGAUAAAGAGGGAUGAGGUUUGGAUAAAGUCCAUAAAAAUCAAGUUGUGUUUAGGUUAGUAGCCGACAAAUCUGCUACAACUCAAGCUGUCGGAUAAAUUAUCUUUGUGUCGUUUAAAACAAGUGACUCCACUCUGCAGCAAAUUUAUCCAGAGUUGGGUAAUUACUGAAGAUACUGAAUCUUCUGCUUCUGGGGAGCACGUUCAUCAGGUGGUUCAAUCGACAGCUCCAACCAGUAAACGGGGCUUUUGCCACACCUGCCUGGCAGCAUAUGCAGUUUCAACCUGAAAGUCAGCAACCUGGCAGCAGUGGUGGAAAGUAAUUCUUACGUUGUACAUUUACUCAAGUAUUGUACUUGAGUACAAAUACUGCAAAAUAGUUCUUCCACCACUGCCUGUCGGUUGUAAACGGUGUCAUGAUCUGAACCUUAUUAAUGAAAAGGCAAUGAGCCGUCUCUAUCCUGCCUCUUCCCUCAUCGAUUCAAUUCUCAAAGUUUAAAGUAGUAAGCUAGUGAUGUCAUCGCCUCCUGUUUUUCCUGAUAUGUGUAUUGUGGAUUGGGUGUGUUUUGUUUUAAGAUUAUCAUUCCUGUGUGUCCAUUGCGGUGCAAUAAUGCAAAAUGAUGUUAAGGGACCACAGCUGGAUAUGAUGUCAAAGACUUCCUUUCUACCUCCAUGUUAUUUUUGUUUCUUCCUUCACUCUUUUCUCUGUUACUUUGUCAAACUUUUGUCUGUGUCAGAUGUCCUUGUUUUAUGGCUCUUUAAGAACCAAAUAACCGGUGUGGGCCGCCUCAAGUUCUCAUAUGUCUGCAUAAAGUGGAACACAUUCUUCUCUCUAGUUUUAGUUGUUUUGUUAUUGUAAGCGUGACAUGAGGCUAUGACGUUUCCCACAAUGAAUUCCCUUUACCUGUGAAAUAUUGGACCACACAGUAAAUGUAUUAGUGUUCAUCUUACGUGUAUCUUACAUGAAAAUGGGGCCCCGCCUCUGAUUGGGCAUCAACUCCCUUUUCAUUGUUUUCAGGGACAAAAUCACUUAUUUUAAAAACUGAAUGCGACUGUACUUAAAUGGGGAUUAUGCCAUUUUUCUCACUUUGUACAAGUCAAACAUUCCAUCACAGACCCAGUUUCAGUUAUUUGCUCCACACAAAAUACAAUAUAUUUUUUUCUUGAUUACACCGUUAAAUCGUCAAAGACCCUUUUUACGGAGGAACACAUUCAUUCAUGUUACAAUCCAACAAGUAUGAACUGAAGAAAUCCCUUCAAAUGUUUCCUCUUUGUAUCGACACUGUAGAUUGAAUGCUCUUUGAUUAUGCUGAACUUAAAUGAGCCUUAUUCUGUUUUGAGUUUUGGUGUUUAGUGAAAAGGGAAUAUUUAAUACAGUCUUUUUCUAUUACUGUAGGCUUAUUAGGUUGUUUUUUCUGAUGCACUGUGCAAGACAAAAACGUCUUGCACAGUGAUUGGAAGACGAGAGUAACGGGUCGUGUUUCUACUGUGAAAUGAAACUUUAAAGCAGAACUUCAACAUGCAUUCAUGUUCGGAUGGAGAACAUGAAUAUCAUAUACUUCUCUACGCUUUAGAUAAGUCAUCUCAUCCAUGUUCCAAAGCUGUGUUUGAAUGUUUCAUGCAUGUUAGCUAUUCAAUGCAGAGUCACUUAAGAUAAAAUGCUACGCCGAUAAAGCGGUCA